AUGGCGAUUGCCAUCGGGAAACCACUCAAGGUGGAUGCACCAAAAAUGAAUAUGACAAGACCAUCAGUGGCUAUGUUUUGUGUUGAAGCAGAUUUGACGAAGGAAUUCCCAAAGUUUGUUCAAAUUGGGAAGAAGGGCAGAAAACAUGAUCAAUACUUUACCUAUGAGCAUAUUCCAUCAUAUUGCUCAAAGUGUAGUAAAAUUGGUCACAAAAGGGAAGAUUGCAAGAAAGUCCUGGCUCCGCAGGUGUUUCAUACUGUGCAACAGAAUAAUGCCAGCAUAGAAAGUGAUCAGAGUAAAAAGGGGAAAGGAAUUGUAUUGAAGACCCAAAAGCCUAAGUGGAAGCCCCAAGUUGGUGUUGUAAUCAAGGAUCGGUCGGACAAUGCUGUCUCUUCUUCGGGCUUAACAACCAAAGAGAAAGCUACUAUACCAGUUGAUGUGCAGGAGAAAGCUAUUAAUCUGGUGAUAUCGACUGUUACAGCAGGAACUGAGCCAAUCAAUUUGGGUGUUGAGAAGGAAGCACAGAAUUCUCCAAUUGAUCCAGAUGGGAAAUUACUAAUCCAGGAUGAUGGCCAAGUGGAUUAUCAGCGUGAGGAUAACUGGGUUGAUGGCAAACCAAUUGAACGUGAACUCUGGUCCGGGGGUGAACUGAUGAUGCACUGGUUGAACAAUCGGAGCAAGGAGAAUUAA